CUCUGCCCACAGACGUAUCCUGCACUCACCCUAGCAGCCGGUGCCCCAGUAGAGGGAGGGAGAGGAGGCACACAGAACAGCCUGUCUGAGAGGAACAGCCUCAGAAGCCGGAGCAGGGGACCGUUCUGCUGUCUCUGAACCAUCCUUUAGAGUUGGGACCGAAGGUUGGAGAUUUGGGGUCCUGUACCAGAGGACAGGAAGUGAACCAGGGGAGCUGGGAACAAGAAGAAGAGAGGAGGAGGAUCAACGAAGACGAGGAGAUUAUUGGAUCCCUGAGGAACUGAGAACGUCCGGGGACCAUGAAGAGGAGAGCGGAGGAGGGGGAUGACAGCAGCAACCUCAUCCCCAUGACGGAGCAAGCAGAGCCCAGCUACGGCAGCAUGGAGGCAGAGAUGUCGCCGCAUGACUUCCUGGACAGAAACGUGUUCAGCGACGGAGUGACUCGCGUCGACUUCGUCCUGGUUUGGGAGGAGAACUUGUCCGAACAGAAGGAAGAGCUGGAGGAAGAGAAGCCUAGCUCCCCCUCCCAUAACUCACACAGGAAGUGGAGAGAGGACUUCCUGUCGGAGCUGCAGGCGACAGGGAUCCUUCAAGAGACGAAAGAGGUUUUUCAGCCGAAAAAGAAGAUCUCCUACGUGCUCUUGAGCGCCCCCUGGAGUGUGCUGUGUUACUACGCCGAGGAGAUUAGUCUAAGAGUUCCUCUACAGGUGGUCACAGCACCAAACCAGGACUGGUCUGAGGGCGUGUUGGAGAAGCUGUCUGUCCCCAACCUAAUGGCGCAGAAGGUUCCCAACGUCCCUCCUGACUACUACACAUGUCCGUUUCGCACCAACAAGCUGGAGAGGUUCCUUGGUCACGAGGACAAGACCACUUUCUUCAAGACAACCCAGAGACAUCAAGUGCUGUAUGAGAUCCUAGCGAGGACGCCGUACGGGGUGGUGAAGAGGGGCGAGGUGGGGAUCGCCAGACUGCUCAGUGAGAAGGUCUUCUCUGCUGCGUACCCCCUGCAUGAGGGCCCCUACGAGCGGCCGCAGGCCCCAGUGGACCCGGAGGCCCUCAGCCUGCGGCAGGUGCUGCACCAGUACUGGGCCAGGUGGGCCUGCUGGAGGAAGUACCAGCCGCUGGACCACAUCAGGGAGUACUAUGGGGAGAAGGUGGCUCUGUACUUCGCCUGGCUGGGGUUCUACACAGGCUGGCUGCUCCCUGCAGCGGUAGUGGGCUCUCUAGUCUUCCUGUUCGGGAUCUGGCUCACCGUCACCGACGUGCCAGCGAAGGAGAUCUGUGAGAGCGAGGACAGGUACCUCAUGUGUCCUCUGUGCAACAUCUGCUCUCCCUGGAACCUCUCCACCAUCUGCUUCACCUUCAAGGCAGGCCUGCUGUUCGACAACGGAGGGACGGUGUUCUUCAGCGUGUUCAUGUCCCUCUGGGCCGUCACCUUUCUGGAGCACUGGAAACGCUCCAGCGCCGUUCUGGCACACCGCUGGGACUGCUCCGAGUUUGAGGACACUGAGGAGCGCCCGAGACCGGAGUUUGCGGCGAUGGCUCCCAUGACGACGAGGAACCCGGUAACGGGGGCAGAGGAGCCGUAUUUCCCAGAGACACGGAGGUUCAGCCGCACCCUGACCAGCUGCAUGGUCAUCAUCAUGAUGGUGUUUGUGGUUCUGAUGUUCCUCUUCGCCAUCAUCCUGUACCGGACGAUUGUGAGCAUCUUCAUCCACAAGUCCCAGAGCACCUUCUUCAUUUUCUCAGCUGGGAGAAUAGCCAGUCUCACAGGGUCUGUGUUGAACCUUCUUGUCAUCCUGUUGCUGUCACAUGUGUACAAGUCCCUGGCCCAGAUCCUGACGCGCUGGGAGAUGCACCGCACACAGUCCAAAUACGAGGACAUGUUCAUUCUCAAGGUCUUCGUCUUCCAGUUUGUCAACUUUUACUCCUCUCCUGUCUACAUUGCGUUUUUCAAGGGCAGGUUUGUUGGCUACCCGGGGAAUUACUUCACUCUCUUUGGAAUACGCAAUGAGAACUGCGGGUCUGGCGGCUGUCUCAUAGAGCUGGCUCAGGAGCUGCUGGUCAUCAUGGUGGGCAAGCAGGUCAUCAACAACAUCCAGGAGUUCAUCAGCCCGAAGCUGAAAGCAUGGUGGCAGAAGAGGAGUCUGGGAUCCCAGCCGUCAGGCAGGGGGGAGGGGGGGGAGGCGGGGGAGGACCAGGGUCUCCCCCCCUGGGAGUCUGACAGCCAGCUGCUGCUGUGUGAGGGGCUUCUCGACGAGUACCUGGAGAUGGUGAUCCAGUUUGGCUUCAUCACCAUCUUCGUGGCAGCGUGUCCUCUCGCCCCUCUCUUCGCCCUCAUCAACAACUGGGUGGAGGUGCGUCUGGACGCCCAGAAGUUUGUGUGCGAGUACCGGAGGCCCGUGGCGGAGCGAGCGCAGGACAUCGGGGUGUGGCUAAACAUCCUGCAGGUCAUCACACACCUGGCUGUCAUUACUAAUGCCUUCCUGAUAGCCUUCACCUCUGACUUCCUGCCCCGACUCUACUAUCGUUAUAACAACCAUGGAAGCCUGCAUGGCUUCGUCAACUUCACCCUGGCAACCUACCCCGGAAACCUGACCAGCGACGACAUGCAGUGCAGGUACCGGGGAUAUCGAGACAAAGAUGGUGGUUUCCUCCCGGAGUACUUCCAUCUUCUGGCCAUACGGCUGGGCUUUGUUAUUAUAUUUGAGCACAUCGUGUUCCUCAUCGGUCAUGUGAUCGACAUCAUGGUGCCAGAUAUCCCUGAGGAUGUGGAGGUGAAGAUCAAGAGGGAGCACUACAUGGCCAAGGAGGCCCUGGCAGAGAACCAGUCUCUGAACCAGUUGGUGUUUCUGGACGAGAAGGGGAAGUCUAAGCUGAGCUCUGAGCUCCGGCGCCGCUUCAUCAUGUCUGGGUCUCCGCCUCCAGGCAGCGGCCCCUCCCCGCCCGUCCUGGGCCCCAUCCCAGAAGACCUGGAGAGACCCCACGUCUGACCUUCGACCUCCCAGGGGUCAGAGCCUGGGGUCAUAUGGGAGUGUCAUAAGAGCCCUUUUUAAAAAGUUACAUUUAUGCCUCGAGUGUCAGUCUUCACAGAAAUACAGUACUGUGCCAAAGUCUUAGGGGUGAAGAACAACUUCGAAACAAAAAUGCUUUGAGAAAUAAUUCAAUUAAAAGACUAACCCAAAAUGUU